AUGGUGUGCGGCCCACAGAUCCAUAGGAUUCCUGCUGCCUGGGACCCCAAGGGCUUUUUGGGUCUCUUGGGAAGCACUGAGGUAUUUGCUUUGCCUUUCCAGAAAGCCAUUGACCUGGUCACGAAAGCCACGGAAGAGGAUAAAGCCAAGAAUUACGAGGAGGCACUGCGGCUCUACCAGCAUGCCGUGGAGUAUUUCCUGCACGCUAUCAAAUAUGAGGCACACAGCGACAAGGCCAAGGAGAGCAUUCGAGCCAAGUGCAUGCAGUACCUAGACCGGGCGGAGAAGCUGAAGGAUUAUUUACGAAACAAAGAGAAGCAUGGCAAGAAGCCAGUCAAAGAAAAUCAGAGUGAGAGCAAGGGCAGCGAUAGUGACAGUGAAGGGGAUAAUCCCGAGAAGAAGAAACUGCAAGAACAACUGAUGGGUGCCGUCGUGAUGGAAAAGCCCAACAUCCGGUGGAGUGAUGUGGCCGGGCUGGAGGGCGCCAAGGAGGCCCUCAAAGAAGCUGUCAUUUUGCCAAUUAAAUUCCCACAUUUGUUCACAGGCAAGCGUACGCCUUGGCGAGGGAUACUGCUCUUCGGCCCCCCUGGCACAGGCAAAUCCUACCUGGCCAAAGCGGUGGCGACAGAGGCCAACAACUCCACCUUCUUCUCCGUGUCCUCCUCGGACUUGAUGUCCAAGUGGUUGGGGGAGAGUGAGAAGCUAGUCAAGAACCUGUUUGAGCUGGCCAGGCAGCACAAGCCUUCCAUCAUCUUCAUCGAUGAGGUGGAUUCCCUCUGUGGGUCCCGCAAUGAAAAUGAGAGCGAGGCUGCCCGAAGGAUCAAAACGGAGUUCUUGGUGCAGAUGCAGGGGGUGGGGAAUAACAAUGACGGGACCCUGGUCCUCGGUGCCACAAACAUCCCGUGGGUGUUGGAUUCAGCCAUUAGAAGGAGGUUUGAAAAGCGGAUUUACAUCCCGCUGCCCGAGGAGGCUGCCCGUGCCCAGAUGUUCCGGUUGCAUCUGGGGAGCACCCCCCACAACCUCACGGAUGCCAACAUCCACGAGCUGGCCCGGAAGACGGAAGGCUACUCGGGUGCUGACAUCAGCAUCAUAGUGCGGGACUCCCUCAUGCAGCCUGUUCGAAAAGUGCAGUCAGCAACGCACUUCAAAAAGGUCUGUGGCCCUUCCCGCACCAACCCUAGCGUUAUGAUCGAUGACCUCCUGACCCCAUGUUCACCAGGGGACCCAGAGGCCAUGGAGAUGACUUGGAUGGAUGUCCCUGGUGACAAACUCUUAGAGCCUGUGGUUUGCAUGUCGGACAUGCUCCGGUCUCUGGCCACCACUCGGCCCACCGUGAAUGCGGAGGACCUCCUAAAAGUGAAGAAAUUCUCAGAGGACUUUGGACAGGAGAGUUAAAAAUUUCUUCACUCGGUGAGGGUGAAGGUGGGAGGAAUUGAUGGGGGUAAAAAUUCCACGGCACCCCAUGUCAGCAGCCAGGCAGGGCUCCGGGGCUCAUCCUGACGUCACUCCGGCGUCCCCGCUGCUGUCUGGCCACCCGCUGGGGAGCGGGAAGGAAGGGCCUCCAGGGCCGCAGAGACACGGAAGCACAUUCGGCACUGGGUGGAACACUGGUUCUUCCUACUGACUCCUCCUCCUCUUCUGGAUGCUCAUCAACUCCUUGUCCUGCCCCUCCAGGUUUUUUUUUUUUAACCUUUCUUUGUUCCCCUAAAUUAAUGCUGCUUGGAUUUUUGUCUUGUUUAUAAAUAAAGUGAAAAUCUCCCAGAAGCGUCAGGGAGUAGGAGCAGCCCACACUGUGUGGUUGGUACAGACCUUCAGAGGGGUUCGCCAGCUCCCUCCACCCAUUCCUUCUGACCUAAGUUUUACUCCUUGUGAAUACGGUGGCUAAUGCCCCGGUCGCCAGCCCAGCCCUGCCUGUGAAGGCUGAGAGUAAAGCCAAGCCAUUCCCAACCUCCUCUGUCAGCACCCCGGGCCCUGUGUCCUCCCUGCAGGAGGAGAGGGCGGUUUCUGUGAGCACAACGCUGUGUAGAUCAGAAUGAGUGAGGGCAGUUGGGUGGGUUUCACUGCUGCCUUUUCUUCCCUCUGAAUGUGAGAGUGCUGAGCCCAGCCACUGCCCCUGGCGCCCUGCCCUGGAAAUGGGCUAAUAAAUCCUUUUCCCUCUUGA